AUGAGGGUCCAGCAGCAAAAGCCGGCAUCCAGCCUGUGCAUUGGUUCUUGUCCCUGUGACAAGAAAACCACCAACGACCACACAAUCACGCGGCUUCCUGCCUGGGACCAAGCUUCUAUGAGGAGCUACAUCCGGGUGGUUCUCUGCUUUGCGUUCGACAACACGGCCAUAGACGCGGCCGUACAGCAUAUCCGGGGCUCUCUGAAACGGCUUGCCUGCCAACGGCCUGCUUUUUCCGGUAGCAUUGAGGUUCAUGCCGGCGGUAUCGUCCACCUUCGAACGAGCAACAAGCCGCAACUGGGAGAGGCGACCAUUCCGUUUACGACUGUCGACAUCUCGUCCAAGUUCCCGUACGCCUCGUUUGACGAGCUCAAGGAGGCUUCAUUUCCACCGGCGGCCUUUGUAGCUCCCCAUUUCAACCAGCCUUGCGUGGUUGGCGAGGGGCUACCGGGGGUGCCAGUUGCCGUGGUGAAGGCGUUUAUCAUACCGGGAGGCCUCCUGUUGGGGAUAUACUUCAACCAUGCCGUCGCGGACGGAGACUGUCUUCGAGUAUUUCUGGAAGCCUUUGCUGGGCAGACGUGCCACCAGCCCAGCUUUGGACCAUCGACAAUGGAGCACCAUGUUCCGCUGUCGAGGCGGCAAAUAAACGGCACAGAUAUCGGUCUGGAAAAACUUCUCGAGCGGAUACCAGAGUAUUCGAUUUUGGACGAGCCGUUGGGCCCGACGAUGCCCCGGCUGAGAGCGGAGGGGGUUCCGAUGGACGAGAUCCCCAAGAUUGGCAAGAUUUUUGUUUUCAACAAUGAGCGGCUCAACGAGCUCCGAAGCUUCAUCGCGGCCGAGUCGAGCAGGACGCAGAAGAAGACGGGGACGGGCUGCUGCAGACCACUCUUUCAAAACGGGGACGUUGGCGCCAACUACAUCAACUACACCAACUACACCUGCCUGGCAGCGCUGACGUGGGCCCAUAUUACGCGGGCGCGGCUUGCCGACAAGAACCGAUACGUGCCGUACUCUGCAGACUUGGACGAGACGGCGCUGCUGCAGACGAUGGUGAACUGGAAGACACGUGCGUUCAAGGAGAAGAACAAGGAUUACUUUGGCAACGCAACGGCAGUGGCAGCGACGCAGGUGCCAACAAGAGCGGUUCUCGUAGAAGCGGCGUCGGACCGAUCACGACUAGCCGAGCUCGUUGCAACGAUCGACAAGACGAUCAGCAGUGUGGACGAAGACUAUGUGCGGGACCGGACGGAGUUUUUCACGCGGGUUCCAGACCCGCGGCUGAUCGGACUUCGAUUCGACCCUCGGACGCCACAGGAUCUGGGGUUCAACACGUGGCGGUUCUUCGGUUCGGACACGAAAUGGACGAUUCCGGGAGUGGGCAGCGGGAGCGGGAGGGGGGCUACGUCGCCCGACGUGGUUCGGCGGAUGCAGGACGCGUGGAACAUGAGCGGAGCCCUGAUACUGCCAGCGAAGGCGGGGUCGACAGCCCACGAGCUUCUGGUGACGCUGCCGACGAGCUCGAUGGAGCUGUUGUGCCAGGACCAAGACUGGAUGUGCUGGGUGGACCGUGUGAUCGGAUGA